UGAUUUCGGUCACACUAGCUUUAAGAUUUCCUCUCUUUUCUAGUACUCUCUCUCUCUCUACGUAUCUCUCUUUUUCUCUCGGGGUCUGUUACACUCUCCUUUUGUCCUCUCAUUCUCAGAGACCGAUUGUUACAGCAAACGUCGAGCAAAAUUCGUAUAGAGCAGCCAGCAGCAGCGUCCACGACGACGACAUUGAAAAAUUGAACGGCAGCCGACGAAGCGAGCAGCGAGCGUGCGAGUGAGCUAAGCAGAGCGCUUGUCAACUCGAAAAGCAGUAGAGAAAAAGAAGGCGACGAAGACAGCAGCAGCAGAAUAUCGACGCCGCACGUACCGGGAGCAUUUAAAAUAAUUUUUUCUGUGGAUUAAUUUUACUAAAAAGGAUUUAAAACACAAUGACUGAACGUGAGAACAACGUCUACAAGGCUAAAUUGGCCGAACAGGCUGAGCGCUACGAUGAAAUGGUCGAGGCCAUGAAAAAGGUCGCCUCCAUGGACGUUGAGCUGACCGUUGAGGAGCGCAACUUGCUCUCGGUUGCCUACAAGAAUGUGAUUGGAGCACGACGCGCUUCAUGGCGCAUUAUCACCUCCAUUGAACAGAAGGAGGAGAACAAGGGUGCCGAGGAGAAGUUGGAGAUGAUCAAAACCUAUCGCGGUCAGGUCGAGAAGGAGUUGCGCGACAUCUGCUCGGAUAUAUUAAAUGUGCUCGAGAAACAUCUCAUUCCAUGCGCCACAUCCGGCGAAAGCAAAGUAUUCUACUAUAAGAUGAAGGGCGAUUACCAUCGCUAUUUGGCCGAAUUUGCCACCGGCUCGGAUCGCAAGGAUGCUGCAGAGAAUUCAUUGAUUGCCUAUAAGGCAGCAAGUGAUAUUGCCAUGAACGAUCUGCCCCCAACACAUCCAAUCCGUUUGGGCCUGGCAUUGAACUUCUCGGUGUUUUACUAUGAGAUACUCAAUUCGCCGGAUCGCGCUUGCCGCUUGGCGAAAGCCGCAUUUGAUGAUGCCAUCGCAGAGUUGGAUACGCUAAGCGAAGAGAGCUACAAAGACUCGACCCUGAUUAUGCAGCUGCUGCGGGACAACCUCACAUUAUGGACAUCUGAUAUGCAGGCAGAUGACUCCACAACAGGCGACGGUGAGCCCAAACCGGAAAUUCAGGAUGUUGAGGAUCAGGAUGUGUCGUAAUUUAAGUAAACCCCCGCCCUUCCAUUAAAAAAAAAAAAACAAAAAAAA